CAUUACAACAAUGCACGAUUUCGUAGCCCAUGUGUUACGCAGGUAUUAUACCCAAACUGAAUGGAAUCCAUUCAAUUCAUACCUCUACCUAACAAAUUCAUCACAAUCCGUUUUGGAUUUCGCAAUACCACAUGGACUUUCACUUUCCAUUUCCGCUUCACCUUCUCCGCCUUUUUUCACAAAUUAUCGGUUACGUGCUCUUCCAACUUUGACCGGUGCCCUGGGUUACAUUUUUGCUUCGAUUGAGGAUAAUGAUGGGAAUCCAAGACCUCUGGAGUUGGGCGGAAGUAGUCGGGACAUCCGAUUUAAGGAAUUGGUAGACCAUUUCAGUAUAAUCGAUUCACCUAGAAGACCGCUUGGCAAAGAUCAAGUAUGGCAAGCAGGCAGACGAGUGGACAAACGUGAUUAUUUGCUGUACGGCUGUGUGCAUAUUCCCAGUGCUCGUGUAGAUGCUCUUGUAGCAACACGUUUAUCGCCAACAUGGCAAUUGCUAGCGACUGCAAUCUCUAUGCCACCUCGCAAUCCACUAGGACUAAGUUCGCAAUCUUCUUAUGCGAGCACAACGGAAAAGGCAAAUACGGAUAGUGUGGCCACUGCACCUGCAAUUGCAGCGGGUCCGCCACCCGGGUCAACGAAUUUACACUUCAACCUUCAACGAGAUACAGGUCGUUGGUUUACGGAAUAUAGCUAUUCGGUUGAUGAUGGCUUAUUGGGUUUUCGUGUAUUGCACAAUCUGGGACACAUAGAAUUGGCAGAGAACAGCAGUGGUACAGGGGUGAAUGGAAGCCUUUCUCCCUCCGACCAAGAACAAAACAGAAGGCAGAGAGUAGACGAAGAAAGCGGAUUAGAGAAUGCUGUCGGAGGAGGCUUACAAGGCCGUUUCAGUGUCGGGGCAGAAUUGUUCUUCAGCCCAUUAGAGAAAAGUGCUGGUAUAUCGACAGGCAUGCGAUUCACCACGCUUCCGGAAGCAAGCAUACCUGCAGCUAUUGCCGCUUCUACGCUGAUGGGACAGUCUUCCCUCACACCCAGUCAGCCUCCAACAACAAUCACAGCAACGCUUAAUCCUAUGAUGGGUCAUUUGAGUACAGCUUAUGCCGCAAAGAUGACCCGUGAUAUCGUUGCUUGCUCUCGAUUUGAUUUCAACGUGUAUUCGUACGAAUCCGAGCUGACCGUAGGAGCUGAAUAUUGGCUUCGAUCGAAUCCAUUACCCAACACUAUCAAGGAAGCAACCAUAUCAACAUUAACGUCCAUUUCCAAGACAACCGAAAAGGAAGAACUCAUCUCACCCAAAGUAGACGAGGGAUCUUCAAAUAUUCCGGACGACACGACUCCGCUUACUCAAUCUGCUCUGCCAGACACUACAAUGAAUGACACCGUUCUUUCAUCAGCUUCUUCUGCUUUAGGUGUUUUGAAAGCGCGCAUUUCUACAUCAGGUAUUGCUGCUCUUUUGUGGGAAGGAAAGAUGCGAAAUUGUUUGGUCAGCGUUGGAAUACGUGGAGAUGUUUCCUCAAACGAAGCAAUGGGUGGUUUAGGAUCAGGCAGGCCAUUAAGAGCGGUUGGGAUAGAUGUAAUCUAUUUCUCACAAGAUGGUAGGUAA